UUUUGCGUCGACGAAAUGUGUCACGUAGUUGUUUGAAGAAUAUUUUCAUUAAAAUUGUUCUAGCUAUAAUCAAGAAAUAAAAGCUUGCUGAUAGUGUGACCUUGCAGAAAAAGUGAAGUGAUUUUCAAUUUCCAUUUACUUGAGUCACCAUUAUGACCACUACAAUUGGAAAAUGCUCUUGCAGACAGAUUAUGUACAGGAUGAAGAUGGCUCUACCAGUUUGUGUCCACAAAAAUGCCAGAAACUAUUCGCACGAAGCUUUCGUAGAGGAUUUCGAGAAAAACCACGCGAACUUGUCACUGCUUCAAAGACUUUUGCUAACAGCUGGAUCGGCGACUAUUUCCAUUACAAAUCCCUAUCGCGGUGAUAUGAUCGCCUGUCUAGGCGAAACUACUGGCCAGGGAGCACUCGUCCAUUGUCGAGAUCGGAUGCUCUCCAGCGACGAGGGAAAGAGGAUAUUGGAUGAGAAGCCACGAAUCAAUACCAGAACUCUAGAUUUGCAACGUCUGCGCGAUCUUCCCGAGGGUAGUGUCGGCAAAACGUAUUCUCUUUUUUUGGAAAAUAAUAAAGUUUCACCAGACGAUAGAUCGCCGGUUCAGUUUGUCGACGAUUUGGAAUUGGCUUACGUGAUGCAGCGCUAUCGCGAGGUCCAUGAUAUAUUUCAUGCGGUGCUACUCAUGCCUACGACGAUGCUCGGCGAGGUGAGCGUCAAAUGGGUCGAGGGUCUUCAACUCAAACUGCCCAUGUGUGUCGCUGGUGCUAUUUUUGGUGCAGCUAGACUCAAGCCUAAACAGCGUCAACUUUAUCUCAAUUAUCAUCUUCCAUGGGCUAUUCAAACGGGGAAAAAUGCUAGUUUUUUACUUGGUAUCUACUUUGAAAAACGCUGGGAGCAAUCACUUGAAGAUUUUCAUAAAGAAAUGAAUAUUACGCGAUUAUUAUAAAUUGUUAAUAAAUAAUUAGAUUUUAUUUUUUUUUAGAGUAUUUACUUACAUUAUUAUAUCAGUUUGCAUAUUAAACAAUAUUUAUGAUUUUUUUAAAAAUUAAUUUUAGUACCCUAACAUAGUUAGAAAUCAUGAUUAAUUAUGAAAUUAUUGCCCUUCACUUUGUUAAGACAUUUUCUUUAUACUUAAAUAAUUAUGCUGAUGAUACAAUAAAGGAAGCUUUUGCUGACGCAGUACGUAUCUGACACGUGUAAGCUCCUUUUUGCGUGAGCCCGAUUCAAAACUUACUUCAUAAAUAAAUAUUAAAUUACACGAGGCAAUUUUAAACGGGUAUAAAAGUUAAUAGUAAAUUUAAAAAUAUUCAUACAUUAUAUGGACUUUAAAAAAUACCUCAAAACAUUCGUUAAAAAAGUG